GUGACGUCACAACGCCUGUCUCCGGCCGGGCGUCUUCGCUGCGUCUCCUUCGAUCAGCCGGUCCGCGAAGCCCGCGGAUCCCUCCGGGAAGCGGCCCUUUCCGGCGGCUGCGUCUUCUCAGUCGGGUAAGGAGAACCGCCGGAGACGCUCCCCGCAUCUUCCCACGCCAUGAAGUUCCAGUACAAGGAGGACCAUCCCUUUGAGUACAGGAAGAAGGAAGGCGAGAAGAUCCGAAAGAAAUACCCCGACCGAGUCCCCGUUAUAGUGGAAAAGGCGCCGAAAGCAAGAGUCCCUGAUCUGGACAAGAGGAAGUACCUUGUCCCAUCAGAUCUCACUGUUGGUCAAUUCUAUUUCUUGAUUCGAAAGCGAAUCCACCUGAGGCCAGAAGAUGCCUUGUUCUUCUUUGUCAACAAUACUAUUCCUCCCACCAGUGCUACUAUGGGUCAGCUGUAUGAGGAUAAUCAUGAGGAAGAUUAUUUUCUCUAUGUGGCUUAUAGUGAUGAAAGUGUUUAUGGCCAGUGAUUCUAUGCAUUGCUAGCCUUACAGAUGGAUUGGACCGAAAGAGUCACUGUGGAAGGAAUUUGUCUCCAACAAAAGCAGGAAACGGGAGAAAAAGCUGGACGACAAACCGUGUAUUUCAUGUCAUUGUUUCUGGCACCUUUUAAUAAAUUACUAUUUUGUUCAAUCAUAAGAAAAGAGCAAAUGUUUUAAAACCAUCUGAUGGUUGGUGCUUUGUCAUAUUCUAUCAACUUGCAUUCUCAUAACUGACAUGUCAAUAAGUUUACUAUGUGGGAAUUAGGAAAAGACAGGAGUCGGCAAGAACUUCCUUAGCAAUAUAAUUAUUUUCCAUGCCAAGUCAGUCAAAAAAUUUAAUAGCAAGUUAUUCAACCUCAAUUGGCCUUUCCUUCAACACCCCACAAUUAAUGUUCUUUAUUUUAAUAUAUUUCUUUUCCUGACCUAUCUACCCAUCAAAUGCAUGAAAGAGGCAUAACACCAAUUAUUGUUGUCUAACAUCAUUAUAACCAUUACAAUCCCUUGUCCUUAAUUCAGUUCAGGUAUUGCACUAGUAGUCUGGUUAAGAGAAUCAUGUUAAUGCUUCUUGUUAUCACGGAAGUUUUGCGUAAAUGAUAGUUGCCUAGUUAGUUCAGUUGAACUUAAACAAGUAUACAACACAUUAUUUCUCAAUAUAACCAGAAUUUGGACCUUGGUGUUCAAUACUUAAGACAGUUUCACUAAAUGCAUGAAUGUUCUGUGAUGUUGUCUCCUUGCUUUGUUAGUAAAGGCUAUUCCCAUCUAUGUUGAGGUUACAGCACUACAAAAUUAUGAAUGAAACCCCCUGAAGUUACUUUUACCCACAGCCUUGGUGAUAUAUGUAUAUUCUGCAACUCCUUAUGAAGUAACCCCUUUUAUGAUAACAAUCCUUCAUAUACUUCUGCUUCUGCUUAAUCAUAAUCUUUAAAAGUCUGUGAAAGAUUUUACUCAACUAAGCAAAGCAGUUUCCAAAACAACUUAUAGUUGCAUUCCCUGUAUUCUAUAAUGGCAAGUAAAAAUAAAAAUUAGGAUAUGUUAGAUUGAGUCUUAUGCUUCUUAGCUUUAGGGUAACUCGGAUAAUAUUAAAAGGUUAUAUCUGUGUGUAAAGUAGAAAUGGACUCACUCUUAACUUCUAUUUCUCCUACUUCCAAGUAUCAUUCUAAUAAUUUUUGGAAAUAGCAAAGGAAUCUAUGAAAUGGACUAAAGAGAUAAUGAAGUGCUGUUUUAGGAGUGGAAUAGCUGAGCAAACUUUUAGGAUGAAAACUGCUAGAAGGAAUUACUGGAAUAUGCUACCCCAAUAGCCAAACAACGAGGACUAAGCUUUCUUUUCUUUUUUGCGGAAUAAAAUAAUACCACUUUUAUAAUUAAUUCUGUUUUAAUGCUGAAUUCUUUCAGCAAACUGAAGUAAACUGUUUGCUCAUUAUAUUUAUCAUUCAGGGAAUGUUUAGGAGUCACAUUGCGAAUCCUGUCCAAAAUUUCUCAUAUGAGCUAAAUCAUAAUGCAUAAAAUGCUCAUUGUAUAUGGACAUUCCCUAUGCUGCUGCUAAUCAUCAAAAAUGUUAAUAAAAUUUCAGUUUACUCAUUUGAUGUAUUAAAUUACUGUGUUUAUAAGUUUUAACUGUGCCAUUUUUCAUCACUGUUUGCUUUAGCUUAUAAAAGGUAGUGCUAUGUAUCCUUUUUCUGUUGUGAACAAGACAGCUUUAGAUUUUUGUAAGAGUUUUGUUAGUCAAAUAAAUACAGACUUGAAAAUCUGAAA